AUGAAGAGGGCGGCUCUACUAAUCAUUAAGAGUGCUUUCUGUGUUUUCUCCACCAAAGGUGUGGGAUUUACAACUGAACCUCCAAAUCCACUCUUUGCUCUGGAGGGAGACAAUAGUUCUCUUGAAUGGAGGUACACAUUUGGAAACGAAUCCUUUCGUCAGGCGACAUUUGGAAAUGCCAAAAUACCCAGAAUGGCGGAUUUUUUCUUUACUGACAGCUUUCCCUGGAUAGAACCCUCAAACAGGGGUCGUUUACAAGUAAAAAUAACAAAUAACUACACAUUGAUUACUCUCCUCGGAGUGAGAAGAACAGACAAUGGGAUUUAUCACCUUACAGUAACCGCCAACCCAAGCCGACGAAGUCAAACAAGUAAAGUGGAAAUAUUAGUGCAUUAUUUAGAUCAGCCAAAUGUUAACAAGGGGAGCCCCCUACCCCUAGAGGGAACUGUGGUGACUUUAAUUUGUAAUGUUGAUGGUAAACCAGAACCUAAUGUAUCUUGGACCAGGAAUGGAUUUUCUUUAAAUACAAAUGAAAACGCCGAUGAUCAUUGCACUUUCAUAAGAAAUACUGGUCCGUCCAUAAAAACAAAUACAGUUCCACCUAAAUUUAUCAGCAGCCCACAGAAUGUGACAGUAAUAGAAGAGCAAAAUAUUAACUUCACUCUGGACUGCACAGUUAAUGGAAAUCCUACACCAGAUGUGAAAUGGACUAAAGAUGGAAUUGAUAUAUCAGAAAAUCAAAGGAUUAAUGUUUCUGAGUUUAUAGGAAACACUUCAAGUUUGACAAUUACCAAUAUUAAGCGAGGAGAUGAAGGCCAAUAUAGAUGUAUGGCAAAUAACCGUGUAAAAACCACUAUUUCAGCUCCAGGAAAACUGACAGUCAACUUUAGAGCAGAUGUCAAAAUAAGUGGCAGUGAACCAAAGUUUGUUGAAAUAAACAAACGGAUCCAUCUGACGUGCCAGUACAAUGCUUCGCCACCAGUAUCAGAGGUACAAUGGGUUAAAGAUGGAAAUGUGAUCGCUAGAAAUGAUGGGGGAUUGGUGAAAAUAACACAGUUUACUGAAGGUCAAUUACAGCUUUUAAUUUCAUCAAGCACUAAACAGGAUGAGGGAAAUUACACCUGCUUUGUCACAAAUGCUGUUGGCAAUUCCUCAGAUACAACGUCCCUUCUUAUACAAGUGCCAAGUGAGGCUCCGACUUUUGUUGUGACUGUUUUCAAUUCAACUGUAGUGAAUGUUUCCUGGCAGAUGCUAAGCAACGAAACAGCUAGAGGUGCCAUCUUGGGCUAUUACGUUUUGUACCGAGUUAAAAACACCACAUCUUGGACAAAUCAAACUGUUGAUGGAGCCGGAGCGACAUCGCUGUCAGUGGGACCACUAAAUGAAUACACUACAUACGAGUUUGCCAUGCAGACGUUGAACGAGAAAGGUGUCAGUAACUUAAGUGCUCUGGUGGAAAAGAGUACCAACCAGCAUAAGCCUAGUGGGCCACCACAACAAGUCAUACUUAGCGAAGUAACAUCUAAAAGUGUCAAAGUAAGCUGGGGUCCUGUCCUUGCUGUUGAUCGAAAUGGAAUCAUCCGAGGAUAUAAAGUGAAUUAUCGAGCCUUACCAAAUGGUAGCAACUUUACUGAAUUUGUCAAUAUUCCCAGUGGUCAACAGGGUGGAGGAAGAACAAAAGUUUUAAAGGCUCUGAAUGAAUUCACAAACUACAGCAUUAGUGUGUUAGCGUUCACUAAAGUGGGAGAUGGACCACUAAGCGAUGUCAAGUUUGUGCAAACACUGCAAGACAAACCUUCUGCUGCUCCUGUAAAUGUGAGAGGCCGUAACACCAGCUCAACCAGCAUCUUAGUAGAGUGGUACGAUGUUCCAGUUUUUGAUCAGAAUGGUAUCAUUACGGGUUACACUAUUACUUAUCGCUCACAAACAGAGAAUCACAAUGGAUCUGCUAUAGCUGGCCCCGAUGUCCUUCAAAAGGAAUUAACAAGUCUUAGAGAGUACGUCAAUUACGAUAUCACAAUACGUGCAUCGACUUCGAAAGGCGAUGGACCAGACAGUAGCCCUAUUGUUAUUAGAACAGACCAAGAUAAGCCCUCUGCUCCUCCUGCCAAUAUACGAGGACAUAACACCAGCUCAACCAGCAUCUUAAUAGAGUGGGGAGAGGUUCCACCAGCAGAUCAGAAUGGCGUCAUCUUAACUUACACCAUUAGAUAUCAGUCUCUGACACAGAAGAACAAAGGCAGUGAAACAGUGGCUUCCUCAAUAAAAAAUUUAAAUCUUACAGGCUUGAUGGAGUUUGUUGACUACAACAUCACUUUGUUUGCAUCAACGGUGAAAGGAAAUGGAAUACGUAGUGAUCCUAUUUUUGUGAUUACUGACCAGGAUAAACCAAGUCGCGGAGCAAAAAAUGUUUCUUCUAGUGAAGUAAACUACACGACAAACAAAAUAACUUGGGCAGGACUUCCUAAAGAGGCGGCAAAUGGCGUUAUUAAACUUUACGAAGUCCGUCUCGAGUUAAAGGAGAGCUGUUUGAAGGUUGACUUUACCUUUCAUGCGAUGAAUUCAACCAAAUCAAGUGUAUUAGUGACUGGCUUCUGGAUGUGCGCAAAGUAUGAAGUGUCCGUUAGAGGUUACACUGUGGCAGGCCCUGGACCCUAUAGCAAAGCUAUAGUUGUUCAAACAAAAAGUCUGAAAUUAUCCCAAGCGUGGUCAAAGGAAACACCUUCUCCACCUUCCUUUUCUCAGAUUCGAAGCGGGGAAGGCACAACAGCAAACAUAACAUUACCACGCUUCCCAGGGAAUGCAAAAUUCUUUCAAGUCAUUGUUAUUAGAUACAGCGUGGACUAUACUGGUGAGGUUAACUCACCGGACAGUUUUGCACCAAAAGAUUUGAUGACGUACGAAGAAGCCCACAAAUCUCCGGUUCCUGCAGCGUAUGUCACUUUUCAGUUUAGAGGGCAGGACUUUGAUGCGUUCCGAGAAUUUGUUGUUGGAGAUGGAGGACAUUCAAGCAGUAAAAUAAGAAAUAAGAGAAGCAGUGACGGCGAGGUCUUUCUUAACAAACCACUCCAGCCAAAUACAAAUUACAGAGUGUUUAUCAGAGCUUUUAUAGAGAAGAUGGUGUACGUUUCUAGUAACUUCGUAACGAUUGAAACCAAAGGGAAGCCCGACGUUAAAGACCUUCCUGAAAAAACCAUUUUUCAAGUUGGCGAUGUGGUAGUAUUAAAAUGUGAGGCAACUGGAGAUCCUCAACCUUCUGUUACAUGGAGUAAAGAUGGAAAUACCAGUAUACCACGGGCUCAAUUCAGAAACAAUGGCCACAUUCUUGUCAUUCAAGAGGUCGCAUCUAGUGACGGAGGCAUUUAUGAAUGCAGAGCGUCAAACAUUUUUGGGCAACGCCGAACAGCUACAGCAGUGAUCAUCGCUAUGCCGCCCAGCAUCAUGAAAGACGUUUCCCCUCGAUCAGUUCCAUGUGCAAAGGGAAUUCCGUGUUCUUUGCUAUGCCACGCAACUAGUGAAAUUAUAUUUAACUAUUCUUGGACAAGGAAUGGCCAGGCUCUAGAUGGCCAUAACAUUAAGGUCAUGAACAACAGUGUUAUUAUCACUCCUCUUGAUGAUGAAGAUUUUGGAGAUUAUGCGUGUCACGCCACAAACUCAUUUGGAUCUACAACUUACAAAAUAACUUUGUCAGGAAGCAGAGAGGAAGAAAACAAUACACAGAGCAUCUUUCGGGCUAAUGACAUUGCAUGGUCAUGCAUCGUUUUCGUGUUGCUUGUUUUGAUUGGUGUAUUAAUAUGGAGGCUUAAAAGAGCUCAGGCGAGCAACAGAACAGCGACUGCUAAGAAAGCCACUAUCAUAAAUACUGUCCAGUCUGUGUUUCCAUUGGAACAGCAUGUGUCAGAAUCAGGUUCACAUAUGGAACUACGCCCCAGGCCUUCGGAUGGACAAACACGGUUACCCCCUGAAUACCAAUCCUUACAAGGGAGCUACAUGAACGCUGGGUAUUACAACGUGGUUCCCGAAGAAGGGAACAAAAGGGGAUUAAAUGAAGAAAUAUAUGAGGAGAUAGAGCUUUUUGAUCGUUAA